AUGACCGCACCUCUUGAACUGUUUGUUCUCCCCUGGGGAGUUUAUCCUCGCCGAAUUCUCCUCUACCUUUCUGAGAAAGGCAUCCUCUCGUCGCCACUCAUCAAAAUCACCCCCGUAACCAUCACCCAGCAAGGCAUGUCCACCCCCGAAGGGAAGCCUCCGGGAACUGUCCCCAUGCUUAAACUCCCCGACGGAACAUUCAUCAAGCAAUCCGUCGCUAUUCUCGAGUAUUUCGAGGAUAUUUGCGCCGACCCUCAGAAUGACUGGCAGAAAGAACUAGCCAAGGGGGCAAAGUCCAGCAUGCGCGGAGAGACACCUGAACAAAAGGCGCGGAUCCGCGACAUGCUUUGUCUUUCAGAUGAAGCAUGCAGUCAGUUUGGAUUCGCUUGCCAUAAGGGAACGGCGCUUUUUACCGCGAUGGAAACCACCAAUGCUCUGGCGGCCAAAUUGUCCCUCGAGUAUUGCAAGAAGAACCUGAGACUCUUGAGCGACUACUACGAGGGGGAUUCUCUGGAGGAUGGCCGACAAGCCACCAUCGCAGAUUGCGUCUUGUACUCGAUGUUGCACUUUGCAAAGGAUCUAUACGGCCUUCAUUUGGUGGAUGAUUUGCCCAAUCUGCAACGGUUCUAUGGAGCGUUUGAAAAGAGGGAGAGUGCUCAGGUCAAGGAAGAUCACUUCCCUCGGGAUGUUAAAGCGCUGGCAUGCCAAUGGCUUCCUGUUGAGUAA